AGAUGACACUUCGGCGGCAGUCAACUGUCAAACAAUUCAGAAGAUUAUUCAAAACAACACGUGCAGGGAAUUGUGUACAUUUUUAUUAAUUCGAAUAUUUAAUAUUUAAAAACUUAUAAAAAUACAAAAAUGAAACGUAAAUUUGUAAAGGCAACCAAUGUCCCUGAAGAAGAGUCUUCAGAGGAUUACGAUUCAGAAAAUGAGGCUGAUGAAGAAGAAAAUGUUGCUGAUAGUGAAGAGGAAGAAGUCGGCGAGAGUGAUGAAGAUGAUUCAGAAAUUGUUGGUGAGGAAGGAGACGACGAGAGUGAUGAAGGAGCUUUAGAUGCCAGCGAUACAGAAUCCGAUGAAGAAGGAAGUGACAUUGAGGACAAUGAACCACCAAAAACAAGAAGUGAAAUAGUAAAAGAAGAAAUAUUACAAAGAUAUCAAGAACGACAGGGCAAGCAAUUGUACAUACGAUUCCCACACAAAGUUCCUGAAACUCAAGAAGCUUUGGAGGCGAAGAUUAAAGAACUCACACCCUUAGUAGUUAAGGUACAUAAGCCACGUCAGAGAUAUGUACGUUUUUGUUUAGUCGAUUUUGCCACCAGUGAAGAUCGUAAUACUGCCCUAAAGGAGCUUAAAAAAUCCAUCAAAAGUGGCACGCUAGAGAAAUAUGUUGUAAAUAUACCACGUACAGAAAGCUCUGAAUUUGUUAAUGAAUUGGCUGAACGUAAAUUGAAAUCAAUAGAAAACAAGAAGGCUAAAAAGCGUUUAAAGAAGGCCAGCAGGAAGGCUUUGACAGAAAAUCAUUUCACAUCAUCUAUAAUUGUUUUUAAUCUACCGAAAACGACAUCGGCAUUAGAGGUACGUGAACUAUUCCCUAACGCUGUUGACAUAAACAUUAAGCCGAGCAAAGGUAAAAUGCAUAAAGACAAAAGUGUUGCUGCUAUUACUCUACCCAAUACAUUGGAAGCUAGAAAAGCUAUUAAGAAAAAGUUAUCCUUGGGAGGCAAUCAAUUAGUUAUCAAAUUCGAUAAUCAAAUGUUAAAGAAAAAGUAUAAGAAAGUCAAUAAAAAUGGACGUUUAAAACCAGUUAUAGUAAAAACUGAAGGACCAGCAAAGGAAUUGAAUAAAAACGAAGAAAAUUCAGAACCUAAAAUAAAGCAACAAAAGUUGGAAGUUACUCCAACUAAAACCACAGAUGGUAAAGUUUUAGUGAAGAAACUAAACAAAAAUAAAAAUCAGAAUAAUAAAGUUAAAAAUGUUAAAAAUACACAGAAAAAUGUAAAGAAAUAAAAAUGUUAGUACAACCAAAAAAAAAA